AUGACUGGCGCUUCGAAGGAAGUCGAUCAUUAUGGGGCACGUACCGUGAACGCAAGCAACAAAGGAGUCAGCGCGAGGCAGGUAGCAUGUGAAGGGAAAUCUGAGUCUGCAUUCGAGGCGAGUAUGCGUGUUCAAGAACCCUAUCUAUGCUCUCCCCCACCGUAUAUCAGCAUGUUACGCCUUGGGUGUUCUUCUCCUUACAACUCUUUGCGGCUGGAGUCUCCUCGUCUCCAUGUCCCCACUCUCUUCGCUGAAGCCACCUUUCAUGAGGACCCCCAUCACCACCAAGACCAGUCCACCAUUAUCCCUUUGACUGGCCAACACGCUGGACCCCGAGCCUCUCAUGAAGGAUAUGGAGAGCGAGCUCUUCCACUACACUUCUGGCCGUUUCCUGACCGUCGCCUCCGAGAGCGAAGCCGCAUCUUCAAUAUCCCUGGUCUCUUCAAAAUCAUUCCUAGGGCACGGAGCUGCAAGACCAAAGAGAUCGUCGGCUCUUCCGCAAGCUCGGAGAGGGCGGUCUCAACCGUUCCUUUCUCGUCACUUUACAGGACGGCUUCAAGCUGGUCGCACGAAUCCCGUAUCCACCUAUCUAUCGCAGUUUAUCAUAUUCAACACCACAUGCAACCCGUCAUUGUCAGAGAGGAAUUACCAGAAGACCACACGGACCACCAUUAUCCUCCUACUCAAACUCGCGAGGUCGUCGCCACAACAUAG